GAAAUAACAACAGACGUGGCUGUUGGCCUCCGAUCCUACGUGUCCUUUCCCAAGUGGGAUCACCUUCCCCUUGUGGGGUCACGUCAUUACGUGGCCAAAAUCACGAAACGGCAUGUCUGAUGUGGGAAUACAACACCAAUGGUUGCGACCCUUCCUCAAGAGACACCAUGCAAACUCUAUAUAUAUAUGCAUACGUCUUGAUAGGUUUUAUCCAUUCUUCUGAGAGUCGUGCAAUUUGCCUUUCUGUAUUUGCUGUUGAGAGCUUGUUCGUGGUGGAACCGACAAUGGAAGAAGGUGGGUGGGGCAUCGGUUCAGUAGUGGCAAUGCUGGUGGUGGCAGCAGUGCUGUUUUUUGCUCCCCUGGGAAUGGGACCGGUGCAACCUCCUUCUGGUCUCAUUCUUCUCAUCUUUGCUGUGGUCUUGAUCGCCAUUUUCAUCUUCCUCUCUCAUGCCUCCAAAUAACUUUUCUUCUCUUCUUUUUUUUUUUUGUAAUCACAUUUUUGAACUUCUAUUUUUAUAUGUUGUGAGAAUUUUGUAGUGAUGUACACAUUUCUGUUUACUUGUUACUGAUUUGAUCAAAUGAAUUGAAUCUCCUGUA